CUACACUCACCAGCAGUGACAACGAAGAAAAAAAAACUCACAACAACAAAAAGUUCCACAAAGGAAGGAAAAAAAAUGUAUCAGCAAAAAUUGCAAUUAACACCAAAAGCUUACUGUAAACGAUCAAUUGAUCAAUCAAUCAAUCAAUCUAAGUACUAUAUCUGGUCUAUACCAUUGGACAUAUCAUCUACCAUCCCACAUCAAGACAUUUCCACCUUAAUACCUUUCCUCCCUUCCCUCCCAUUCCUCCGCCAAAUAGAACAAUGUCUGAAGUUAAAAGAACGAUUAGAAUAAAGACUGAACAACACGUUUUAAAGGAUGUUCCACCUGUGGAAAACUUUCCUAUGAGACAAUGGUCAAUUGAAGUGGCCAUGUUGGAUUCAACUGGAAAGGAAGUUCCUGCCACCAUCUUGGAUAAAGUCACUUAUACUUUACAUCCUACCUUUGCCAAUCCUAUAAGAACUAUAAAACAAUCCCCCUUCAGAGUUGAAGAACAAGGUUGGGGUGAAUUCGAUAUACCUAUUUCUAUCCAUAUAUUAGGAUUAAAUGGUAAAACUGGUGAAAGAAAAUUUAAUCAUGAUUUAAAUUUUGCUCAAGAAUUAUAUACCAAUGAUCAUGUAGUUACUAUUCCAGUAGGAUCAAAUAAAAAUCCUCAACUAAAUAAAUUAUUAUUAGAAACUGGUACUUUACCAUUUGAUGAAUCAAAUCCUGCUGUUAAAAGAAAAUUAGAAUCAUCAUCUAAUGGUCCUGCUGCUACUACAACUGCAACUUCUGAUUUAAAUAAUAAAUUAAAAAAACUGAAAACUUCAAAUGGUAAUGCUAUUAAAGGUAAUAUCGAUUUAGAAAAAUUAGCCAAUGGUUUAACUAAAUUAAGUGAAGAUGAUUUAAUUGUCAUUGUACAGAUGGUAACUGAUAAUAGAACAAGUGAAAUGAAUAUAAAAAAUGACGUUGAUAAUGCAGAAUUUACUAUGGAUUUAUAUACUUUACCAGAAUCUUUAUUAAAGAGUUUAUGGGAUUACGUUAAGAAACAUAAUGGUGAUGUCUAAUCCUAUCCAUUCAUCUUUAUCUUAUUUCUUUUCUUGAUCGUGUAUAUUCUAUUUUACUUUAUAUAUAUAU